AAACUUUUGAGAGUGGCGAUUUUCUUAGGUUGCAACAGUAGGCUGGGCUAACUCUACGCGUGUUAUUGGAUUUUCAAAGUCAUUUGUGUGUCUAGCAAUAGUAAAACGCCGAUAGCCUAUACAUUUUGAUCGUUCGAUAUUGCAUUGGAUGCAUUAGGCUACUGUGUCAACCUUGGUGAAUCUGCGUUUUUUAAACAUAAUGUUAACGUUCACGUCUGUCGAAGAUCCAGCAAAUGCCUUACUCUUGACAAUAGGGCUAAUGUAAUCGAAUGUGAGGAAUGUGUUUUUGUUGAGACGGAGCGCGUUGUGCAGAAAUGUCUAUGGUCUGUCUGACGGACUUCGAGGAGUAUGCUAAGGGGCAUCUCUCCAAGGCCACCUGGGACUACUAUGCCGCCGGAGCAGACGAGUGCUGCACCCGGGAUGACAACCUGUUGGCCUUUAAACGAAUCCGCCUGCGGCCUCGGAUCUUGCGGGACGUGUCGGUGAGUGACACGCGGACCACAGUGCUGGGCACGGAGAUCAGCUUUCCCGUGGGGAUCGCUCCAACCGCCUUCCAUUGCCUGGCCUGGCACGAGGGGGAGAUGGCAACAGCAAGGGCUACGGAGGCGGUGAACACAUGCUACAUCACCAGUACCUACUCAACCUGCUCGGUGGAGGAGAUUGUGGCGGCGGCGCCCAACGGCUACCGCUGGUUCCAGCUGUACGUGUACCGCGACCGCAAGCUGUCCGAGCAGAUCGUGCACCGCGUGGAGGCGCUGGGCUACAAGGCUCUGGUGCUCACCGUGGACGUGCCCUACACCGGGAAACGCCGCAACGACAUCCGCAACCAGUUCAAGCUCCCGCCCCACCUCAAGGUGAAGAACUUUGAUGGGGCCUUCCAGGUCAGCGCUGGCCCGGAGGAGUAUGGCAUCCCCGCCCACACGCUGGACCCGUCCAUCAGCUGGAAGGAAGUGUACUGGCUGCAGUCGCUCACACGGUUGCCCAUUAUCAUUAAGGGCAUCCUUACCAAGGAGGACGCCGAGCUAGCUGUGGAGCACGGCGUCCAGGGAAUCAUCGUGUCCAAUCACGGCGGGCGUCAGCUGGACGGCGGACCGGCUACUAUAGACUGCCUGUCAGAGAUAGUGGACACGGUGCAGGGGAGGAUCGAGGUCUACAUGGAUGGUGGGAUCCGCACAGGCAGCGACGUGCUCAAGGCCGUGGCUCUCGGAGCCAAGUGUGUGUUCAUCGGACGGCCCGCUGUCUGGGGCCUGGCUUAUAAGGGUGAGGAAGGAGUCCGCGAGGUGCUGCAGAUCCUGAACGAUGAGUUCCGCCUUUCCAUGGCCCUGUCGGGUUGCCGAAACGUUGCCGAGAUCAACAGGAAUCUGAUUCAGUUCUCCAAACUUUGACCCCCAAGCACUCUGGACUUAAACAGCGAGACUGGGUUAGACAGACCGUGUCAAUGGUAGCGAUCACUGACCUAAUGCUCUUAAAGGCUAAAGCCUUUCACCUAUGCAAACGGAUGGCUACAGAUUAGCCAAGCAUGACUUCAGCCUUAAUUGAUCGGUACUGAAAUUAUAUCACCGGUGAUGGUCAAUCUCUGGGAAUUACUGGCUGGAUUUGCCAUAAUUAUUUUCACACCAGCUAAUCAAACACACAUCACCAUUUUCCUCUUUGUGGUGUUUUUUUCUCUUUCUUUUUCUUUCUUUAUCCUUUUUCUCUCCUCCUUUGGCAGCAGAGGUUGUGACUGUGGGCUCUAAUUUAAAUGCUAAGCAAAGUGCAAAGUCUAUCAACAAGUAAAGUGCUCGUGCAUGAACUAUAGCUGUCGUGUGGCAAGCUUUGAGCAAACUCAUUAUUGUUUACGGUUCAGGUCUUGCUCAUUGUGUUAAAUUAGCAAAUAGUUUUUUACCUAGUUAUUAAACUAGCUUUGGUUAGACAUAAGACUUUGCACUUUGCCUAUCAUUCAAAUUAGGGCCGUGUGUGUGUGUGCGUGCGUGCGUGCGUGUGUGUGUGUGUGUGUGCGUGCAUGACAUGAGUGUGAGUGUUUAUGGACUGGCAGAAAAUGCAAUCAUUUUGUAAGAGCCUGGACAUGGGGGGCACAUUGAGACCCGGAGACAGAGAUGCAACGCCUAAGGAACUCAUUUGAGGAACGCCUAAGGAACUCAUUUUAGGCACCAUUUUGAUUUCCCCUGAUAAGGGAGCUACAAGAAUCAAUGAAUCAUGAGAACUUUCAUCUGAGCUUGUGAUAAUUGCACAUUGAUGGUGAAAGAGCUGUUAUAUGGGAAAGACACCAGACACUCAGCACUGCAUGCCUGAUUGGAUGACUCAACACUACUGUUUGUUUGCAGAGCUCUCAGUCCCUCAUCUUGAAAUGGUGGUGUGAUAUGAUUUUGUAUCUUGAAGACACCGUGAGAUUAUAUGAAUAAAUCAUAUUAAAUAUAUUUUACAGCA